AUGGCUGUGCGGGGCACCAGCACCUUGACGCCCUUCUCCAUCCAGGCGAUCCUCAACAAGAAAGAGGAGCGCGGGGGGCUGACCACGCCAGAAGGGCGCCCCAUGCCUGGGGGCCGCGCGGCCGUGGCGCCCGCUGCUUGCUGCUGGCGGCUCUUUGGGGAGACGGACGCAGGCGCGUUGGGGGGCGCCGAGGACACUCUGCUGGCGUCGCCUGCCGGGACCAGGGCAGCUACUGGACGGACCACGGGAAGUCCCGCGGGCUGGGACUCAGACUCUGCUCUCAGCGAGGACGCCCCGAGGGCCAGCGCAGCCGGUGGCGCUGGGGGAACCCUGGGCCUCAGCCGGCCGGCCUGCGAACUUCCCGCCACCAAGGACCUAGAGGAGGAAGCCGAGGGCAGGAGCGACAGCGAGAUGUCGGCCAGCGUCUCAGGCGACCACAGCCCGAGGGCGGAGGACGACGGUGUUGGCUCAGGAAGCGCUCACGGAACGGCUGUAUGUAGUGGAGGCGGGGGCGGCGGGGGUCCGGCCGGCUGCACGGAGGAGGAGGAGGAGCCAGCAGCACCCAAGCCCCGCAAGAAGCGCUCCCGGGCGGCCUUCUCGCACGCUCAGGUCUUUGAGUUGGAGCGUCGCUUCAACCAUCAGCGCUACCUGUCCGGGCCGGAGCGCGCCGACCUGGCCGCCUCGCUGAAGCUCACCGAGACUCAAGUGAAGAUCUGGUUCCAGAACCGUCGCUACAAGACCAAGCGCCGCCAGAUGGCCGCUGAUCUGCUGGCCUCGGCACCCGCCGCCAAGAAAGUGGCUGUGAAGGUGCUAGUGCGCGACGACCAGAGACAGUACCUGCCCGGCGAGGUGCUCCGGCCACCCUCGCUGCUACCGCUGCAGCCGUCCUACUAUUACCCCUACUACUGCCUCCCUGGCUGGGCACUAUCCACAUGCGCCGCCGCUGCGGGCACCCAGUGA